GUCUCUCGAACGGCGGAAUUAUGAGCAGAGCGCAGGCUGCCUCUUUCGCCCUGUCCUGAGCCCGUGUCCGUUCCACACCGCCAGAAAUUUGCACCCAACGCGAUGGAGACCGGAGUCCGCAUUUUCUUGCUUUUCCUCGUCCACCAGACUUUUGUGGUUGGCCGACAGGAAGGACACCGUGAGGGCUGUGUGCCCGGUUUCCAGGUCAAACGAUACCAGGUGGCAUACAGGACAACUUUCGAGAAAGGCCUGCCACUUCUACAAGUUGAAUUUGAUGAUUGUGCUGGUAAUGAAGAUGUGGCCUUUGAGGUGUCCGUUACCAGCUUCCGAGUCGACGGUGACCUGACUUUGGUGCCUCUGCGCGAUGUGACAUACAGCGGGCCGGUCAUAUUCAUCCACGGGAUUAGUGCUCAUGCAGAUGACAUGGCACAGGUGGACAUAACUGGACUACCGUCACCGCAAGCUCUCAAGAUGCUGGGUCUGCCACAUAGAUUGAAAAGAGCCCUGCUGGUUCCUCCAAUGAUUGUCACUGAGAACCAGAGAGCCCCAUUCCCAAGGAUUAUUGGCAGGUCUCAUGUGAUCUCAACAGAGAAGUCGUGGGACCAUAUUUUUCGACUGACAGGACCUGGUGCUGACCAGGACCCCAAAGGUCUCUUUACUAUUGACAUAGACACAGGAGACGUGUCAGUCACUCGCUCCCUGGACCGAGAGGUCAUCGAUUCAUACCAGCUGGAAGUGUCAACCACAGACCUAAAUGGAAAUCUUGUUGAGGGACCAGUGAUACUCGUCAUCACUGUCAUCGAUCAGAAUGAUAACCGGCCCAUAUUCAAAGAGACGCGCUACACUGGAGAGGUGCUCGAGGGAUCGCCUACAGGAACCACAGUGAUGACAAUGACGGCGUUUGACGCAGACGAUCCCGCGACUGAUAACGCCGCUUUGCGCUACAACAUCAUCCGACAGUCGCCAGACAAACCAUCUCCGAACAUGUUCUACAUCGACGCAGAGAGAGGUGACAUUGUCACUGUCAUCUCCCCUGCUUUACUUGACAGAGAGACAUUGCCAACCACAACGUAUGAGCUUCAGAUUGUGGCCAAGGACAUGGCAGGAAGUGAGGUGGGCCUGACAGGAACAGCCACAGCAACAAUUACUAUUACGGACAAGAACGACCAUGCCCCUGAGUUCACACAUCCACUGUUUGAAGCCUAUGUAUAUGAGGGCUCAGCAGGUGUUGUGGUUAACCUGACAAUAGAUGAUAGAGAUGACCCAGCUAAGGGGGCAUGGAGAGCUGUGUACUCCAUAAUCAACGGAGAUCCCACACGGAGCUUCGAGAUCCAGACCAACCCAGACAAUAAUGAGGGAAUGCUUUCGGUUGUCAAGCCUCUGGAUUACGAAGGCACGGCGUUUCACAAGAUAUUCAUCAAAGUAGAGAAUGAGGACCCCCUGGUUCCUGAUGUUGGUUAUGGCCCCAGCUCCACAGCGACUGUUCAAGUCAAAGUUUUAGAUAUCAAUGAAGGACCGGUCUUCUUCCCUGACCCACUGGUUGUCACAAGGAUGGAAAACAUUCCAGUGGAAAGCUUUGUAGGCUCUCUAAAUGCCACAGACCCGGAUAGAUUACAGCUACAGAGUGUCAGGUAUGCCAUUUUGCGAGAUCCAGCAGGCUGGCUGACUGUGAACCAACUGCGAGGAACUGUCAACACUUUGGCCUCUCUGGAUCGUGAAUCUCCUUAUGUUCAUGACAAUAAAUACACCGCUGUGUUCAUUGCCAUUGACAACGGCAGUCCUCCAGCGACAGGUACCGGCACAUUGGUCAUUCACCUGGAAGAUUACAAUGAUAAUGCACCCUUCGUGGUACCGUCAGUAGCACGGGUGUGUGAAGAUGCACAUGAUAUGAAUGUGGCCAUCGUCGGUGGAAGGGACAAGGAUCUACCACCCAACGGGGCGCCCUUCAAGAUAGAGCUGGGAAAACAACUGGGACUAGAUAAAACCUGGAAAGUUACCAGUGUCAACUCUACACACUCCCAAAUCAUGUUGCUGCACAGUCUGAAGACAGCCAACUACCAGUUACCAUUGCUCAUUACUGAUUCAGGGGUGCCUCCUUUGUCCAACAACUCAGAGGUCAAAGUUCAAGUCUGCGUCUGCAAGAAGAAAAAGAUGCUCUGCAGCUCUGCCCGCUCACACCACGCCAGCCUUCUCAUCAUGCUCGCAACACUGAUGCUUGCCCUACCUUGCCUGUAGCUUCUGCAAAUUGGUCCAGUAACACCGGAAAGAAACAACUUAUCUCCCGCACACAACGCUGGCUUAGCAGAGAGGACGGAAAAGAAGGAGAAGUCUUCACACCAUGAAGAAUUAUACAUGACAAUGGACACGAUCCCCACAAGCUCAAUUGCUCUGUAAAAAAUCACUUUUCUCGCUACACUUGUCUGCUUUUCUUUAUCACUGCUUUCCUUGGUACACCACUCCUUCCCACAUGAUAUCACAUCAUCUUUAGUCUGUCUGACCGCCUUUAGCAUUCUGCCCUCGGUCCACACUUACAGUACCCAAAACACCAUGGAUUCUUUAAUCCUUGUUGUUGUUUUUUUUUACACUUUCCACCAUCUAACUUAUUUUGCAGUGUCCAAAACAGUGGGUGUGUGCCAGCCCGUAAAAUGGAUCUCAAUCGAACAUAUCAUGAUGACUUUUGAUAACGACCAUGAACAAAAAUUGGAAGAUUUGAACCAUUUUAUCGCCAUUUUAAGUUUGGAUACAAUGUAUUCUGUCAUAGCAUGUUCCAGCAUCAAGAAAACUGUUUUGAUUUGAUAUUAUUUGAUUGCAGUUUGCAUGGAACCCCAUCAUAUAAUCAAUAGUCUACUGAACAAAUGUUCCCUUAAGUGCUUUAAGUCAAUAGAUUUCAUUGUUUUAAUGCCCACGACUGGUUAGCACACCCAUGGCAGACAUCUGUCAUACCUACUUGAGAUUAAACAUUCCCUAACUUUACAUACACUUGAACCAUCUAUAGUCAUGAGAAACAUAAGUAUUGCUAAUUCCACCAUUACAAAGAUAACAAUGUUCAAUGAUGUUUAAUUCUCUAAAAUUGCAUUGCAUCAUACUGAGGGGGAUUUCUUAUUCAGCAGCAGAAAAAACGGGAACGUCCGAGUACCAUCAUUAUAAUAAAUGAAUGGUGGGCUUACUCAAAACUGUAAAUGAUCUUUGCAAAAGCAUAUCCUGUAUUCAGUCCACUCUUGGAGUUCAUCUCAUUCCGCUGUGUAGGUUUAUCAAACGAAGUGUCUCCUGAGUGUGUAUUUGGAACAAAAUGCUGGAGGACAGCAGAGUUGCUAAGCCUUUGUGUGUGCAGUUUGCAUGUUCUCCCUGUGCUCGUGUGGGUUCUCUCUGCGUAUUCCAGCGUUCUCCCACAGGCCAACAACAAAUAUGUUAGGUUCCUUGAAGCCUAAAUUGUCUCUAGGUGUGAAAAGUCUGUCCCUACGUGUCAGCUUUGUGAUUGGCAGGCAACCAGUCCAAGGUGUACCGUACACCGCCUCUCAUCCCGAGUCGGCUUUUCUGUGACAUUGAACGGGAUAAUUGUUCUGGUAAAUGGAUUCAUUGUUGGAUGGACAAACACUACAGUAUCAUUUUAAACUGAUUUUCACUCUUCAGUCCUUUCCAGACUUCUUCUGCUAUCCUGAAUAUUUUUCCUCCACUUUCCCCCGUCCUUCUACUGUAUGUCAGAGCACUCGCUCCCCAAUAUAACCGGCCUCCCUCUUCCCAUGCCAAUAAACACGGCAAUGGGUGAGACAUUGUCCUGGUGGGCGUAGAGUAUUGGCGUUUUGAUGUGUUCUUUUCUAUUCUCAACAGAGUGUGUUUGAUCUAGUUUCCCUGUUUCAAGGAGAGAAUCUGCCUGUUUCUUUGUCUCCAGUGGUUGUGGUCUCUUUGGACAUGGUGGUAGCCAAUAAGCCUUUAAAGUCGGAAACUCUGGAGUCGUUUCUUCGAUUUACAUGUUUUAAUGCAUUAGUUGUCAUGGAGUGGAAAUAAGUAUAUCUUUAUAGUAAUGGUGUAAACCUUAAAAUAAGUACUGUCAUAUAAAUAUUUUAUUUUUUACCAUUGUAUAAAUAUGCAGUAUUGAUUAACUUAUGUACUUUAAUUGGUUCCCCACACAGACAGUCAUUAGAAAAGGAAUGUUUUUUUUUUCAGUGAACUUGAGCACGAUUUCUAAUGCCAUUGGUGUUGGUGUUGCCUUUUUCAUUGUAACAUCUUUGCUGGUGUUUUUAUUUUUUUAUUGUGAUUAAUUGCAAAAAGGAGUCUUUGAGUUUUCAAUGCUCAUGUGUUUAAAAUUUUGAUCGCCUGAUCUCUCUUCAUCUGUUUAAGUCCUAAGAAUGACGUAAAAGAAGAAAACAAAGAAUGUGUUUGUGGUGCGUAGUUUAUCUUUACUCUCCUGCCUGCACUCAUCAAAUGAGGGGAAGGAGUGCGGGCUCGAUUGGAUCCUCAAAGAAAAAGAAGACAUUUUGAAUGAAUAAUGUCUGUCUUUUUGCACUAAUUUAAUAAACCCGUUAC